AUGGCGGCGCGGCCAGCUCUUCAAGAUGCUAGUAGUCGGGCAAACCAGACCCCUAUUCUUCCGCCGUCCGGCAAGAAGGCUGCUGGACAACCUCCCGCAACCGAAGUCGCUGUACCGGCCCCGAAGGUCGCUGCUACCGCUGGCAAGAAACGCAAGUCAGAAACGUCGCUAGACGAUGAUAUUGCCGCAUACAAGCAGGACCUUUCCCAUAUCGAAACUGAUCAUCUGUUCAUGGAUAUGAGUUGCAACCAAGUAAGGGGCAAAAUCAACAAGCUUUUGGAUAGCGACAUCAUGAAGAAAGGAGAGUUCUGCCAUGCCAUCGGCAGCAACUUUAAAAGCAUCAAUUUAUUUCUGUCUAAGAGAGGAAGUAUGGAUGGAGCCGGAAGUAUGGUUUAUAAUGUCGCUUGGCAAUGGUUCAAACAGCGAGAGAUGGCUGGUCUCAAGAUGCCGGAUGUGAAAAAGCGACAGAAGACCGAAGCUGCUGCUGCUGCUGCCGCAGGGUCCAGUGGCGCCAGCAAGGCGACAGUGCCACUAGUUUCCGGGACGGAUAUCAACAACGUUUCUCUACCUGGUGAAGAAACAGAUUCUGUUCCAGUAUACGACACAUGUGACGAAGUUCGCAGGAAGAUCAACGCGCAUCUCAAAACGCCGGGUUUGACCGCUGCACAAUUUUGCCGUGAUAUAUAUGCACAACUCAGACAGCCUAAAGGUAAAUGUUUUCAGUCGAAGCAACUUGCUGAUUUCCGUGGCAAGAAAGGUGCCACUUCUGGAUGCACCAGCCCGGUCUUCUAUACUGCUUAUGUCUACUUUGAGAAGAAGCGAAUUGCCGAGGGCAAGCCGAAGAAUCCUCAUCGACUUAAGAUGGAGAGCCUCUGGGCUACAAGAGGGGGCGUUGACCGCCAGCAUGACGGACGAUGCACCUACAUAACUACAUCUAACAAGCCACUCUAUAUGGAUCAAUAUGGACUGAGCUUCAUGUUACAGUAUCCCACGGGUCCAGGAGACACCGAAACCAUCUCUAAGCGGGCCACUAGCUUCUGGUAUGCUAAUAUGGACCACACGGGCCAGGGUCGCGGCUAUGCGCCAGACCUGGGCGAUGACAGCUAUCCUGUAUAUAUUGCUGUAAAGCCUGGCGAUGGUCCUGGUAUUGCGAACGCCAUAAAAGACGCGGGAAAUGGCAAUUCGCGAAACUCCCAAUGGCUAGCGUCUCAACCAAGGGUAGUAUAUAUCCCACCUGGGACGUACGAAGUUAGCGAGACCAUCCGCAUGAACACCGAUACUAUUCUUAUGGGUGAUGCCACAGAUCCGCCUAUAAUUAAAGCCGCAGCCGGCUUCUCGGGAGAGCAAACCCUUCUAUCUGGUAACGAAUUCACUGCACUCGGCUGGGGAGUUGCUCAAGUCGCUCAGUUGCAGAAUAUCAAAAUUGUUAUGGCAUCACCUGUUAACGGCAAUGGACAUACUGGUAUCCAACUUGGGAGGGGCUCUACUCUCGGUCUAGCUGACGUUCGAGUCGAACACGGCCAGAACGGAAUUUGGCAUAAUGGCCAUCAGCAAGCCCUUUACAAGAGCAUUUAUUUUUACGAAAACUCGGUUGGUAUGCUGAUAAACGGCGGGAAUACUAUUAGUAUUAUCGGCGCGACGUUCGAUACCGUGGGAACCGCAGUUAGGCAUGACGGUGGUUCCCCGUGGAUUGCCCUCAUUGACGCAAAAUCCAUCAGUUCUGGCGUGACUUUCGCAACUUCAGGCUCGCGUAUUGUUGGCGAGGCUUGGGCGACGAUCACUGGUAACGGCGACAAGUUCAAGGACUCGGCUAAUCCGAAACCGGUUGUCUCUGUCGGCAAAAAUGGCGACGUUGGAACGGCUCAAAUCCAAGACAUGCGGUUCACCGUCUCCGAUGUCCUUCCUGGUGCUAUUAUUCUGCAAUUUAAUAUUGCAGGCUCGUCCCCCGGUGAUGUGGCCUUGUGGAACUCGUUAAUUACCGUCGGUGGCACGCUUGGAGCGUCUGCGCUUGCUGACGCUUGCGGCGAUGCGAGCAACGAAUGUCAGGCAGCUUUCAUUGGAUUACAUCUCACCUCUAGCUCAUCCGCGUACAUUGAGAAUGUUUGGAAUUGGGUUGCCGACCACUUCACCGAAGGGAGCGGCGGUUGUAGUAUAGCUGCAAAGGGCGGCGUGCUUGUCGAGUCUACCAAGGGCACCUGGCUCCACGCGCUCGGCAGUGAACAUUGGUGGCUGUAUCAACUCAACUUGCGAAACGCGAAAAACGUUAUGGUUAGCUUGCUACAAUCGGAGACGAACUAUGACCAGGGCGAUAAUGUUCAGCAAAUACCGCCAUCUCCUUGGAAACCGGAUGCGAAGAACUGGGGAGACCCGGAUUUCUCAUGCGGCUCCGAUAUAUUCACGUACGCAUCCGCAUCCUGGGCCUUCUUUAGCGGCCCGGGCUACCAGGGAUGUUCGGGAGAUUGCCAGGACCACAUGCAUUGGAUUUCCGAGACACCGAUAAACCUCAAAGCAUACGGUAUAUGCUCAAAGAGUACUCAGACGGCUCUCCACCUCGGGGAUGGAACUGACAUCCUCACACAGCCAGAUUUCACAGGGUCCUGGGGAAGUUUGGUGGCCCGUUACACGCCGUAA